AUGGGUGAUGUUGAAAAAGGCAGGAAGAUCUUUAUUCAGAAAUGUUCUUGGUGCCAUAUAGUUGGAAAAGGUGAAAAGCACAAGAGAGGACCAAAUCUUUGGGGUUUAUUUGGCCACAGAGCAGGACAAACUUUACCUACUCAGAAGCAAAAAAAGAAGAAAGUUACCUGGAGUGAGAGUACACUGAUAGAGUAUUUGGAAAUUAAGAAAUACAUUCCUGGUACAAAAAUGAUUUUUGCUGGACUUAAAAAGCAGAAUGAAAGAGCUGAAGUUAUUGCAUACUUGAAAAAAGCAACUUCUUUGUGA